UGCAAAGUGCUUGAGCUAUAGUGAUAAAAAUCGUUUUUUAAUUGGUGAAUUGGUUCUGGCCUGUUUGUCUUUCUUUCUGGGAAGCUGUGGAAUUUGGGUAUCGCAACUGGUUUUCAGGAGUUUGUUGGUCAUUUCAGAGGUUUCAAAGAAACAAGAUACUGCACAACACUUGAUUCGUCGAGCCUAUACUUUCGGGAUUUGCUAAGAAACCAGGUCUUUAAAACUGGUGUUGUUAUGGACGACCAGCUGGACAAUGCAUCUGUCCCAGGUGAGAACUGUUCUACAAGGAAGAGGGGUCGCCCUGCAGUUGUUGUGACAGAAGAAGUUAUUCAACGAAGAAGAUUAUCAAGACAAAGGGUUAAUGCAGCCCGCCCUAAGAGAGAAGGCCCGUCAAAGAGGAGAGGUAGGCCCAAAGGCGCCGUAAACCGUGGUUUAUCAAACACAAGGGUCAACCCAUGUCAGGGAAAUGGUCAGACCACGCAAGAAACAGGGGAAGGCCCGUCAAAGAAGAGAGGUAGGCCUAAGGGUGCCGUAAACUGUGGAUCGUCAAACACAAGGGUCGACCCAUGUCAAGGAAAUGGUCAGAGCACGCAAGAAAAAGGUGGGGAAAGUUCAACAAGAAAGCGGGGUCGCCCUCCAAUUGUUCUCACACCAGAAGUCAUUGAACAAAGAAGAUUAUCAAGAAAGAGGAUUAAUGCAUCCAGAUCUAAAAGGGAAGGCCCUUCAAGGAAAAGGGGUAGACCAAAGUCCAUUGUACAGGACAGACAAUCACACAUGACAGUUGGCUCAUCCCCAGACAGUGUCCCCCCUGAAAGUCAAGCCUCUGAUGCAAAUGCAAAUGCAAACCCUGGAAGUGGAAGCAGUCCAUCAACAAGAUCAACACAAGUUGUCUACACGAUAGAGUUUCAGAAGCGCGGCCUUCCACAUGCUCAUAUUGUGCUAUGGCUAGCCCCUGCUGACAAACUACUGACUGUCGAUGAAAUUGAUGAUGUUAUAUGUGCCGAGAUUCCAGAUAAGCUUACCGAUCAGGUGGGUUACAAAGCUGUCUCCCAGUUCAUGAUGCAUGGCCCAUGUGGAGCAGCAAAUCCUAAAUGCCCCUGCAUGUCCAAUGGCCAAUGCACAAAACAUUAUCCAAAAAAUUUUAGUGACGUAACGGUUAUGGAUGCAGACGGCUAUGCCAGGUAUAGGAGGCGGGAUACAAAACAUACCGUGGAGUGCAAUAAUAUACACUUGGAUAACAGGCAUGUGGUCCCUUAUCAUCGUGGCCUUCUCGUGAAAUACCAAGCACACAUAAAUGUUGAAUGGUGCAAUCGUACCCUCUCUAUAAAAUAUCUGUUCAAAUAUAUUGGCAAGGGUCCAGAUACAGUGACAAUUCUGUUAGAGAGUCAUGGAACACAAGCACCAACUACAGACAUACCCUCGAGCUCCGUCAAGAAACUGUGUGUAGAUGAGGUAAAGAACUAUUUGUCAUGUCGAUAUGUAUCAGCAGCCGAGUCAUGUUGGCGCCUAUUUGAGUUUCCAAUACAUCACAGGGAGCCUUUUGUUCAGCGAUUAUAUUUUCACUUGGAGAAUGAGCAGGAAGUAAGGUUUCGUGACAAUGAGACUUUGCCAGAGGUUGUUCGGCGGGUCGAUCCUGACGGCACCAUGUUUAUUCAGUGGAUGUUGAAUAAUCGUAAUGAUGAGCUUGGGCGGGACUUGACAUUUAUUAAGUACCCAACAAAAUUCAGAUGGGAUGCAUCAGCUAAACGUUGGUUUCGCCGCAAACAAAAUAUUGAGGUGGUUGGACGCAUGGUCUAUGCACAUCCGGCUUCGGGGGAACGUUUUUACAUGCGCUUACUAUUGAACCUUGUGGUCGGGCCACAGAGUUUUGAGGACAUCAGAACGGUCGACAACAUUAUAUACCCUACGUAUAAGGAAGCAUGUUUUCAUAGAGGAUUGCUUGAAUCAGAUAAAGAAUGGCAUAUUGCUCUUUCCGAUGCCUCGCUCUAUGCAACUGCAUCGCAAAUCCGGGACUUAUUCGUCACUUUAUUAGUUUUCUGUGAAAUUAGCAACCCGUCCGAGCUUUGGGAGAAGCAUUGGGUAGCACUCACUGAUGACAUAGAGUAUACUAGACGGAAAAUUACAAAAUUGCCAAACUUAAAACUCACUGAUGAUGACAAGCAAAUGUUGGCCCUGGAGGCGAUUAAUGGGCUGUUAAAGCAAUAUGGGAAAAAGGUUGCAGAUUACCCAGGUUUGCCUGACCUUAAUAUCUCCUCAGGUACUAAGUACAUGAACGAGUUAUUGCUAGAAGAGAUGAUGUAUGAUCGGGAACAGCUUAAAUUAAAGUCAGGUGAGGGUAUACAAUGCUUGAAUUAUAUGCAGCGAAUCAUCUUUGAUCGAAUACUGGAAUCAGUGCAUACAAAUAAUGGUGGCUUCUACUUUAUAUAUGGCCCUGGUGGGACGGGCAAAACAUUCUUGUGGUCGACUAUUAUAGCGAGCCUUAGGAGCGAAGGGAAGAUUGUCCUACCUGUUGCCUCCUCCGGUAUUGCUUCGCUACUAAUGGAAGGUGGUCGGACAGCUCACUCACGAUUUAAAAUACCAAUUGAUGUCAAUGAAUUUAGCUGUUGUGACAUUAAACAAAACACACACCUCGCUGAGCUGAUAUGUAACACGGCCUUGGUCAUUUGGGAUGAGGCUCCAAUGACUAACCGUUUUGUAUUUGAGGCCGUUGAUCGCACAUUCCGUGAUAUACGCUCCAAGAUUAAUGAGGAGUCACGAUUAUUACCAUUUGGAGGCCUGACCAUGGUUCUAGGAGGCGAUUUCCGACAAAUUUUGCCGGUCAUUCCUAGGAAAGGACGUCAAGAAGUUGUUGCGGCCAGUAUUAACAAGUCAAAGCUUUGGGAAAGUUGUGAGGUGUUUACACUAGACGAGAACAUGCGUAUUGAGACAAAUGUACCAACAGUUACAGUUCGAGGAGCCAAAGUACAAUUUAGAGAUUGGGUGCUGGCUUUGGGUGAUGGAUCUGAACAAGGUAUUGCACUUGGCGACGACCUGGAACCCUCGUGGAUAAACUUACCAGAGGAGGUCUUUGUUAACUACUCUGGUGAUCCAGUACAGGCAAUGGUUAAUGAAAUCUAUGCGGAAAUGGAUCAAAAACAUGGUGACGUAGAGUAUCUACGCAAUCGAGCUAUAUUAACACCACUCAAUGAGCAUGUUGAAAACGUCAAUAUCAAUGUUUUGCAGAGGCUACCAGGGGAGUUCAAAGUCUACAACAGCUGUGACAGUAUCUGUAAGGGUUCUACAUUCUCUGAGGCAGACGAUGUCUUAUACCCUCCUGAAUUCCUUAACUCACUCAAAUUUAGUGGUAUGCCAAAUCAUGAAAUCAGAGUUAAAAUUGGAGCGCCGAUAAUGCUUCUGCGUAACCUAAAUGCCAAGAAGGGAUUGUGCAAUGGUACCAGGCUGAUAAUCACACGAUGUUACCCGUUUCUAAUAGAGGCCCUGAUAUUGACAGGUAAUAGAAUUGGUGAUACAACAUACAUCCCAAGGAUAAAUAUGUGCCCGGCUGAUAACACAUUGCCCUUUAAUCUGAAACGAAAGCAGUUUCCGAUAGCCGUUUGUUAUGCGAUGACCGUCAAUAAAAGCCAGGGACAAACGGUCCAGAAUGUCGGGUUAUAUCUACCAAGCCCGGUUUUCGGCCAUGGGCAGUUCUAUGUCGCGGUUUCCAGAGUCACAUCGCCAACUGGACUUAGAAUAGUUGUGGUUGACAGUGUUAAGGACCAAACAGGUUUAACAAAAAAUGUGGUGUACCAUGAGGUCUUCGAGAACCUGCCAUGA